UCCUAUCUAUUCUUAGGUGACACUUCGACAGGACUGACCAGGCAAGAGACAAAAAAGAUCAUUAAUUCGUGCUUUAAUCUGAAAGACAGAAAGACAGAAAAAAACCCUCUCCUUUUUUAAAACAAAAAUACCCACCUGUAUCCCCCCUCUCCCUCUGUUUCACAGAGCCUUUGGGGUUCCUGGCGUAAAAGAGAGAUAAAAUGUCUUACAGCGUGACUCUCAACGGACCUGGACCAUGGGGCUUCCGACUGCAAGGGGGGAAGGACUUCAAUAUGCCUCUGACCAUCUCCAGAAUCACACCCGGCAGCAAGGCAGCUCAGUCCCAGAUGAACCAAGGGGACAUGGUGGUAGCUAUUGAUGGAGCCAACACAGAUAGCAUGACCCACCUAGAAGCCCAGAAUAAGAUAAAAUCAGCCAGCUACAACCUGUCCCUUACUCUUCAAAAAUCAAAACGCCCAAUUCCAGUUCCCACAACCUCCCCAAGAAUUGACUCUCCCAUGCCCGUAAUCCCACAUCAAAAGGUCAUAGCCAACACUGUUGCCAACACGGAGUACGUGGAGCGUUUCAACCCCAACGUCCUGAAGGAUUCUGCACUGUCGACGCACAAACCCAUUGAGGUGAAAGGGCCUGGUGGGAAAGCCACCAUCAUCCAUGCCCAGUAUAACACCCCAAUCAGUAUGUAUUCUCAAGAUGCUAUCAUGGAUGCCAUUGCUGGCCAGGCUCAGGCCCAGGGCGGUGAACUCGCUGGUGGCAAGAAAAAUGUUGCUGAAACACCCGAAAACAGGCCUGCAGGUACAGCUCGUGAACCACAGUAUGUGACAUCAAGUGUUUGGCAUCAUCCUAAUACUGAUGCCAACACUGACAAAGCUAAAGCAAUGGCCUCCAAAGGUUCCGUGAGAUUUGGAACAGGUACAAGUCAGAGGGAAGCCAGCUACAUCAGUUCUAGCCAGACAGUCCCUCUGGCUUCAUCAAGUAAUCAAAGUACCCCUGUUGAGCAUGCGCCAGUGUCUACCAGCUGCGCCCCUUCUGCUAUGCCGCCUGCUUCAGCCCAUCAGCCCGCUACUGCCGCUCACAGCGCUGUCCAUCAGAUGACCCUGCCGUCAGCCGCAGCCAUUUCAGUGGUGCACGACUCCAUCUCAUCCUCUUGCCAAAGCCUCAACCGACAUCCUUCUACUUCCAUCACCUACCAGUCCAAAAAGAGAGGUCCAGGCCAAACUUAUACGUCAGCGCCGGCUUUCCACGGCCCAGCUCCUUACACAGGCUACAGCGAAGCCCCGGCUCCGCCCCCCAAACCCAGAGUUGUCACCACUGCCAGCAUCAGGCCUUCAGUCUAUCAGCCAGGUAAGGAGACUUCAAUUGGCUAACGGGACGGUUCUUUACUACACCAACUAGGGCAGAGUAA